AUGAACUUCUACAACACGGGCGGGCGACCGGCCACCUUCGAUCCCUUUGAUGAUCCAAGAGGUUUCAGGAAGCGUCCGAAGAGCAUCUUCGUCCGACACAGCGGCAAGCUCAGCGGGCUGGCCGUCCUCUUCCUGACCGCCACAGUGAUCUACCUGCACUCCCACCGCCGUACCCUGCACAGCCACCUGGCUGCCAAGGACUACCAGCUGAAUGCUAUUGUGGAGGAGAAGGAGGCCAUAUCCCGCACCCUGCGGGAAAAGGACCACAAAGUGAGCGUGAAGACGGUGGAGAGCGAGCACCUGCGGCGCACCAUCGAGCGGCUGCAGGAGGAGGUGUCCACCCAGAGCACGCGAGCCCUGGAGGCCACCAGGCUGGCCGAGGAGACCACGCGCGCGUCGGCGGCCAAGAUCAAGGCCCUGGAGGAGAGGCUGCAGGCCGACACCGCGCGCUACACGUCCCAGGAGGUCCCCGCCGUCCCCGUGCCGGCUGUGCCGGUGCCGGCGACGCCGCUGACCGUGCCGGCCACGCCGCUGACCGUGCCGGCCACGCACGACGAGGCGGGGGCGGGCGAGGUCCCGCUGCCGGGCGCGACGACGGGCACGCCAGCCGGUGCCGGGCUGGCGGCCAGCGCCCUGCCCGUGACCCUGGGCCAGUCCGCGGGGUUGCCCGCGGGGCCGACGGAGCCCAACCCCUUUGUGGCGCGGGCGGGUGGGGCACACAUGGCGCGGCACCACCACCGCCUCAGCAUGCUGGAGACGGCCAUGGGGCACGAACGGCGGGAGGGGGAGGAGGAGCCGCAGGAGGACCCCUUUGCCAAGCUGCCCUGA